UCAGGGAAACAGGGUAGCAGUUUUAUUAUCCUGAUUUGGGGGGGGCAGAGGAAGGGAGGGAGAAACUCAGUCUGAAAGAGCAGAUGUGACUCACACUCAUGCAGGCAUUCUUGCACACACACUGGCUGGCUGCUCUACAAGCAGCCAGUGGUCAUGUUGGCAGAGCACUCUCAGACACCCAGCUUGCAACUCUAUCUUGCGUCCCCCCCCCAUAUACACGCUGCUCUUUAAACACAGACUAAAACAUAAAAGACUCCCCUACUUCCCAGCACAAUCAUCUACUCCUGUUCCUUCUGCUGUUCUCUGAGCCAUGGCUGGAACCCAGGAGUCCUGGCUCCUAGCCUCCUUUGCCUUUCAUCUGUGCUCUACAGCCUCUCUGGGAAUAGCAGUUCCUAAAUCAGGCACAGCUGUUCCCAUUCAGCAAACGGCACUAAUUUCCAUUCACAGCCAAGGCAGAGCCAGGAUCACGUCUUGCAAGCGUGCUGGAGCAUUUUCUAGAUGGCUGUGUUCCUGUUAAUCUCAUCCCAGAGGUGGCUGCAAUCCUUUCCCACGUGUGGCCGACAGGCAGACCGAGCCAAAUCCCGCAAGGAUGCCGUUUGGCUGCAUUGGACUGCGGAAUGAAAAGAACUACAACAGCCUGUCUGAUAUCACCGACAAGUAUGAGAUUGGGCAGCUGUUACGAGCGAAGGAGUUCUGUGAGAUCUGUGUAGCCCGUGAACGCCAGACAGAAAGGUUGUUCAUCUGCAAAAAGUUUCUCAAGAAAGAUGGGCGCAAGGUCCGAAGGGCAGCAAAGAAUGAAAUCCUCAUCCUGAAGAUGGUGAGUCACCCCAACAUCUUGCAACUGAUUGACACAUUUGAGACAAGGAAGGAAUUCUACAUCAUCCAAGAACUGGCCACCGGUGGGGAUGUUUUUGACUGGAUCCUAGACCAGGGCUACUACACAGAAAAGGAUGCCAGCAAUGUCAUCCGGCAAGUGCUGGAGGCAUUAGCUUAUUUACAUAACCUGCACAUUGUUCACCGCAACCUCAAGCUGGAGAAUCUUAUGUACUACAACCAGAACAACCGCUCCAAGGUGGUGCUGCGAGAUUUUUAUCUUUCCCGAUUAGAGAACGGUGCCAUUACUGAACCAUGUGGGACCCCAGAAUAUUUGGCUCCUGAAGUGGUAGCUCGGCAACGGUAUGGACGUCCAGUUGACUGCUGGGCCGUCGGGGUUAUCAUGUUUAUUCUGCUGUCUGGGAAUCCGCCAUUCUACGACGACACAGAUGAUGAGAAUACUGAUAGCCACAACCGCCGCAUAUUCCGGAAAAUUCUAGCUGGGGACUACAGCUUUGACUCCCCCUAUUGGGAUGACAUCUCUCCUGCUGCCAAAAAACUGGUAUCACGACUAAUGGAAGUUGAUCAGGACCAACGAAUCACAGCCCAGGAAGCACUGGGACAUAUUUGGAUAUCUGGAAAUAUUGCCUCUGAAAAGAAUAUCAAGGAAGGAGUCUGUGCCCAGAUUGAAAAGAAUUUUGCUAAGGCCAAGUGGAGGAAAGCCAUUCGCAUCACUACUUUCAUGCAACGCCUCCGAGCUACGGAUGUCAGUGGCCGCCUUCCUGUCACUCCCCGUUCCUCCAUGAGUGUUGCUCACGAGGUCACCAUUGAGGCGCCAAGGCCAGCCGAGCGUUUGGAGGUUCUGUGCCCGCCGGAACAAGAGGAGGAGGAGGAGCAGCAGAGCAAGACAGAGGGCGCUGAAGAGAAGAAGGAAUGAUGGCUCCUGCUUCCCCUGCCUCCCCCCACAACCCCAAAUUCCCGCUGCCUUCUCUGCUUGAGUCCACAUAUCCUGCCCUUGGAAGGGGAGGACUCUGUGGGACAGUGGAGCCCAGGGCAAGGAAUGUGGGCGCUCCUUAGCAGUGUUAACCCCCCUUGCCCCAACCCAUGCCGUUGGUCAGGAGCAGGAGCCGCUCGGUCUGGCGGAGCAGGGAAGUAGAAAGACAGGCUGGUCUGCCACAAAAAGGGUGUUGUGCUGUACACAGGAAGGACGGACUGAGGAUUACAGGCAGGAUAGGAUAGGUAAUGUUCACUUGUGCUCCUGACCCCUUAGGUGGGAGCGUGGGACUCCUUUCUAGGCCAAUCCCAGUAGGCAGCACAAGCUGUAUCCCUUGCUAUAGUAGCAUCCCCUUAUCCCUAUGUGGGCAAAGCUGGCACCUAGCUGAGCACUAGCCUCUCACAGGUCCACAGAGCAAUGAUCCUCCACCAUCAAACCCACCCCUACCUCUCUGAGCGAACAGGUGCUUAAGAGCCCAGGAGAAGUUGCCCCACAGUUCCCUUUCUUCACAAACGAGCUAGAGAAAAGGUCAAUCCAAUAAAGGAAGAAAGCUUUCCUCUCCUACUUGGGGACGCUCGUAAGAGCCAAGCAUUCCUCUGCUGGAGCCAUAGUGUACAUUAAAGGGAGAAAAGAAUUGGGAGCUAUUGCAGGCCAGUGAGUCAGAAGAGAAGCCAUUCCAUGGGUUGAGCAUCUGUUUUCCAACCUUGCUCUGUUCCACUGCAUCCAGUCUCAUUUCACUUUUUAGCCAUGGCAGGAGCGGUCAAGAACGCCAGCCAUGUGCCAUGACAACAACGGCUGCCCUGCUGGUUCGGAUUGCAACCUCAGGUGGACUGUGAGGGGAGGGAUGGGGUAAGAGGGAUGCAUGCCCAGGCCAGCUGCAUGUUUUACAAAGAUGCUAUUUUAAUACAGAAACUUCCUGGCUGCCCCUCCCCGGUGCUGUCUUUCCUUCUCCUGGGGCAGCUCUGGGAAAUAAAAUAAACAGAGUCUUUCUCUGUCUAUUGCUUUCAUAUGUGUGUUGUUGGUGGUGUGUUUAUUCAAGGACUUGGUCUUAGGAACCCAGGUAUGGGAGAGAAAGGUCUAUUUGUAACCCCCCAACCUGAAUAAAGUAUUACAGUUCU